UGUCGAGAUAGAAACAGUGAAAACCGUUUUUCAGUAACUUUUUCGAUUGUGCGACUAGUGGCUUAAUGAUACAGUAUUGAGCGUUUUGAAUUAAAAUGUGGCGGCCAACAUUUACUUUAUUUCGUAAGAUAAUCAUACCGUCUCUUAUGGAGAAUGCGAAAUUAGCAAAAAUAUAUUACUCUACCAAAGGCCGGCUCCCACGGUCUACAGCACAAAUAACCUUAAUCGGUGCGAGUGUUGGGGUCCUAGUCGGUGCAGGGUGGGGUGGCUAUACACACUAUAAGAUCAACGCAAAAAAGCAGGUGGCUCCCAUAGAAAAUCAACAAUAUCCAUUUCUUAAGGAAGCACCGAAAUACCAAGCUCAGUACAAAAUCAGUAACAACUUGGACACUAGUAACUUACAGCUUGUACUAUUUCAAUACCGCACCUGCCCAUUCUGCUGCAAAGUGCGCGCAUACCUUGAUGCUCGGGGUAUCAGUUAUGAGGUAGUGGAGGUGGAUGCUGUUCUUCGACAAGCCAUCAAGUGGUCAGGCUACAAAAAAGUUCCUAUUCUAUUAGCCAAAGUGGAUGGAGGCUAUCAGCAACUGAUGGACAGCUCAGCUAUAGUAUCUGUACUGGAGACUUUCUUGAGAGACAAAAAUUGUCAACUGCAAGAUGUAGUGAAGUUCUACCCUGUUACUAAGUUCCUGAAUGACCAGGGCAAGGAAGUGACUGAUGUAACAAACAAGUACUUUAUAAUGCAUAAUUCUGUUGUCUCUGAUCAAACUGAAAGAAACACAGAAGCUGAAGAGCGAGAAUGGCGGCAGUGGGCCGAUCGUGUGCUAGUGCACACCCUGUCGCCCAAUGUAUACCGAACAGCAGGGGAAGCUCUAGACACUUUCAAGUGGUUCGAAGUAGCUGGUCGCUGGCGUGAGUCUUUCCCUGCCUGGGAGUGCGCUCUCAUGGUCUACGGGGGAGCUGCUGCUAUGUGGGUUAUUGCUAAGCGACUCAAGACAAGGCACCACAUCAAAGAUGAUGUCCGUCAGUCACUGUAUGACGCUGCAAAUGACUGGAUGGGGGCAAUUAGAAAGAAAGGCACUAAGUUCCUGGGGGGUGGCCAGCCUAAUCUUGCAGAUAUCGCUGUGUAUGGUGUGCUGAGCAGCAUUGAAGGGUGCCAGGCGUUCCAGGAGUUGAGGAGCCAUACAGACAUAGGGGUGUGGUAUGAUGACAUCAAGAACUCAAUAGAACGAAGACAAGGAAAAGUUACGUCUGCACUGACACAAGCGUGAACAUUUUCUUGUGACCCUUACCUGUUGUAUUGUUAGAGUUGUGUUGAAAGAUAGAGAUGUGAAAACUUUAUUUUUAAAAAUAAUUAGAUAUUAGAAGCGUUUGCGAAAGUUUGUUUACGUAUGAGUUAAUUAUUUUAACGUCACUGCUAUGCAUAAUUAUUGUUUGAAGCUGUCCUAGUAGGUAUGUACUCCUAAAUUGGACGAACGCCUUCAAGGUAUCGCGUUUGUAUAACGAUUAACGAGUGACCUAUGAUAACACUUAAUACUUACACUAAUAAAGGCACAAUUCCCAGUUACGUGCAUAGUCUGUU